AAUAUCUAGUUCAUUUUGAGAGAAAGAGAGGAGAAAGAAAGAUGUCAGGGUUUCCAAGUCAGCAGCCGACAGAGGAAGAUAAGAAGCUCAAUGAUCAGCAUAUUAAUCUGAAGGUUAAAGGCCAGGAUGGCAAUGAAAUUUUCUUCAGGAUAAAGAGAAGCACUCAACUAAAGAAACUCAUGAAUGCUUACUGUGAUCGCCAGUCAGUUGAGCUCAAUUCCAUUGCCUUUCUUUUCGAUGGACGUCGUCUUCGAGCUGAACAGACUCCAGAUGAGCUGGAGAUGGAGGAUGGUGAUGAAAUUGAUGCCAUGCUGCACCAGACUGGAGGAUCAAUCUGAUUAUAUGUUCUUGUCUAAAAAUGGUGCUGAACCUGUUAAAUCCUUUUCAUAUUUGCCACACUAUAAAUUUAUUCCGAAACCUGUUUAAAUUGACUGGUUUUCGCCCCCAAUCUCAACUGAAAUUGCGGUAUUGCAAUCGAGUUUUGUAAUUAUCUUUGAUGAUAUUUAAGACAAUGAAUAAGUGUAUCAAAUUCCUAAUGCUUAAGCGGGAGAAGAAAAAGUAAAUAUAUAAAUGUUUCAAGAAUAUGCAUUAUUUACAGGAGAGGACCAAACAUCCUUUAAAAUAUGCAAGGAUGUUCAUCCAUUUUUUUUAUCAAAUUGUUCUUAUUUGAUGGA